UCUAGUUCAACAUUCAACAAACAAAAGAAAAUUACUUUAUCUGAUACAUGUCAUAGAACAAUAAUUUUAUUUUGUUCAUGUUCUGCACAUCCAGGCUGACUAGCACUUUGUCCUGGUUAAAGAUCUAAGCAACGACCAGCGCACAAUCUGGACCACCCUCUGCAGCCGCACCUGCAAGCGGCCAUCCAGAGGGUCCACCUGCGCCUUAGCUGUUGAAAAAUUUCAAUUUCACUUCUACUUUAAUUGAGAGUUGUAAUAUUUAAUAUUCUGUAUAGACCUGUUGAUGUGAAGAGUUCAAACGCACUGAGAUCUCAGCAGUGACGGCGAUGGAGCUGCCGUACCAUGCCAAGUUCCUGCUGAUGACCGCCUUCCUGCCCUUCCUGGCCUCGUGUUCAACUCGCCCAAGCACGACCGGCGCCUCUCUUUGCCAAUCACCACGGCAUGCAAAGGAAAAAUUUCAACUUCAAGAGACUGGCCACCAUUUUCCACUUGAUUGCAGACCCCCCUCACCUCAUCACAACCAACCUUUGUGCUCAGGGUUCCUCGGUUCACCUUCGGAGGUGCGAAGGUGCGCGCGUGUCCUGUGGUCGCGGCGGCCAACACGACGGCGGCGUCGCGAGGAUCGAUGGGUGCGCACCACAGGCCACAGGAGCGGGCACAUCCAGUCAUCCAGUCGUGCUUCGACCUCGGCUGCUCGCGGAUCUGCUGCCGCUCGGCCAAGGAAGCUCAUCGCGAAGAAGACGAAAGCGAGCGCGCCAUACCUCCCGCACCAAUGGCCGCCACGUUGCCACUGCUGCUGCUACUCGUGGCCGCUGCCUCGGCCGCCAUUCACGGCGGCAAAAAGCAGGCAGAGGGCGACGUCAACGGGAUUCCUCUCUCGGAGCUGCAGGAGUUCAGCGACGAGGCCAUAAUGCCACGUUUUGCCGAGAACAUUCCAAACGUGACGGUCACCCUGGGAAAGGAUGCGUUGCUGGCGUGCGUCGUGGAGAACCUGCGCGGCUACAAGGUGGCGUGGGUGCGCGUGGACACGCAAACAAUCUUGUCGAUCCACCACAACGUGAUCACGCAGAACCCUCGCAUUUCGUUGUCCUACAACGACCACCGUUCAUGGUAUUUGCACAUCACCGACGUACAAGAGGAGGACAGGGGUUGGUACAUGUGUCAAAUCAACACAGAUCCGAUGCGCUCCCGAGUCGGCUACAUUCAAGUUGUUGUACCGCCGAGUAUAUUAGACAAAGAGACUAGCUCUGACAUGGUCGUUCGGGAGGGCAGCAACGUUUCAAUGACCUGCAGAGCAGAGGGCUACCCUGAGCCCUACGUGAUGUGGCGACGCGAAGACGGCGAGAACAUCAACUACAACGGCGUCGAAGCCAACGUGAUCGACGGCGAGGUGCUCAACGUCAGCAGGGUCAGUCGGCUGCACAUGGGCGCCUACUUGUGCAUCGCUUCAAACGGAGUUCCACCCACCAUCAGCAAACGAGUGCUUCUCAGGGUUCAGUUUCCGCCGAUGCUGAGCAUCCCGAACCAACUGGAAGCGGCCUACGUGGGUCAGGACGUGUCCCUCGAGUGCCACACGGAGGCCUACCCCACCUCGCUCAACUACUGGAUCACCGAGCGGGGCGACAUGAUCGUGUCAGGUGACAAGUAUGAGAUCUCGUCGCUCGACACCUCCUACAAGAAGUACAUGCGGCUCAAGAUAAAGGGCGUCUCCAAGAGGGACUUUGUCUCCUACAAGUGCGUGGCCAAGAACUCGCUCGGCGAGACUGAUGGAGUCAUCAAACUUGAGGGUCGUGGGAAGCAAUCUCGUCAACGACACCGGGCAAAAAAUGACGUACUCGACCCGCGUCGAACAGAAUACGAGUAUGACGACAACAGUUCCGAAGACCCCAGUGGUCCCUACUUCGGCGAGUCUUCAGCCGCUUCAGCCUCUUUGAGUGCCCUUUGUACCUGGACUGGUGUUCUCCUUUUUGUGCUUCACAGGUGACCACGUCUUGAGUUUGUGGCCUAGACUGUCAUUGCAGCUGUGAACUGACCAAAGUUCAACCGUGCAUAUCACAAGUGAUAAAAACGAACAUUCACGCCAAUAAUCAGUGAGACUCUCGUUUAAUGGGAGUGCAAAAAGAACCAAAGAUACUGAAGUCGGAAAUUAAUACAGUGUAGUGCGCCAAAUGUACAUAAUUAUAUCUCAACCCAAAUCACUCUCAAAUGCUGACCAUCAAUAUCAUUUAACAAAAGUACAUAGAAAUUGUCAAAUUGUAAUGGAUAAUGUCACGUUCACUUGAUAAACUAUAUCUCAAAAAUCGCUUCCAGGGCUAAGCUCAUGAAGUGUGCCAGGUUUUUUAGUAGGCUCUUAAUUUUAACACUUCGAUUUUUUUUUAAUUAUUUCCAAAAUUAAGUUUGCUUUUUUCAUGUUUCUGUUUAUAUCAAACAAUUUUUUUAAUUCAUUUGUGUCCAUAAAUUAUAAUUUUUAUUAGAUAAAUUGCCUCUCCCUCACUUCCCCUUUAUUUUCUCACCAUUAAAUAGGUGGCCAAAUGAGGCUUAACUAUAUAAUCUCCCGGCAGGCCCAACCACCAAGUUGGCGACCUAAAAUGCCCAGCGUCGUCCAACUUUAGGGAAAAGAAAACUCGAAUCUUGCGGCAAACUUCGCCUUGCUUAAUUGUGUCUUGUCAAAAACUUUGAAUAUCGAGGGCUAAUCUGCCGCCUCCGCUCUGGCACACUCAUGUAUGGGCUCGCCGCUCUAGGUGUAAUUAACCUGCUCACAAAAUCAGUCCGCCGAGACUCGAAAACGCAAAUCUCGCAGCUUUCCUACCGUGUUUGUAAACCGUGUACGCCCGUCAAUAAUAAAGAAAAACGGACACGCCGAGU